AUGCUGGAUCGCCUUAUCGUUGCUGCUGUGGCUGUUGUUGUUGCGGUUUUGUUUCUUUCCAUUCUGUGGUCGAGUCAUUCUGUUCAUGCAUCAAAUUCAACGUUUGAAAUUCAUUUAUUUGUUUCACCAACGAAGGGCAAUGAUCUCUUUUCUGGAAAUUCCACACAAUUUCCAUUCGCUACCUUGGACAAGGCUUCUUCGAUGGUGACUCUUCUCAAGAAUUCGAAAUUGACUUUGAAUACUUCCAUCUAUGUCAAUUUGAUGCCUGGCACUUUUUAUUUGAAUUCGACAUUGGUGAUUCCUCGUCCUUCGAAAUUUAAUGAUCAAUUCUCUCCAGUGACAUGGAGACCCAUUCCUGGGAGCUCGAGAGGAGAUGUGAACAUUACUGGAGGAAUUUCCUUACCUCCGUAUAUGUGGAAAAAAGUGACAUUGGAUGAGCAUGCAUCGAUUUAUGAAAUGCUUCCACUUGGAGCGAGAGGAAAGGUCUAUCAAUGUAAUUUGACACUUCUAUCACCUUCAGUAAUUGCUACUCCUUUCAAAGUCUCUGGCCGGAUGGAUGGAAAAGCCUCCGCGGGAUCGGAGUUGUUUUUCCGAGACUUUCCUCAGACCGUGGCAAGAUAUCCCAACAAGUUGAAUACACAAUAUGAGAGCAAUCCGAGUCUCGUGUUAGAUGUCUACAUGAAAACUGCUUCGAAAGGAACCAAUUCUUUUCUUUUCAACAGCACUUCAUGUCCCAAUAAGAGCAAAUGGUCCAAAGAACAAAAUGGAUAUGCUUUUGGUUAUUGGAAAGAUGAUUAUUCAGAUUCUGUCGAAGGGAUUCAAACCAUUGACGCCAACGGAACUGUAGUGUUGAGAAAUGUCGUUGCCGAUGGAUCGAUCGCUUUGGGAAGUAAUUUUUAUUUGGUCAACUUUUUGUGUGAGCUCGAUCAAGCUGGAGAAUACCUUUUGCAAGAUAAUGUUUUGUAUUUCUGGCCUCCUGCUCCGAUUGAACAUGAAAAUGAUGUUGUUCUUUCAUUGACGGAAACACUCGUUCAAGUCAAUGCCCAUGCACAAAUUUUUGAUUCUCUUGAAUUUGGAUUUGUCCGAGGAAAUGCCAUCUAUUCGUGGAACAGUCAUUACAUUGUGGUGAAUAAUAGCAUCAUUUCGAAUGUGGGAGCUAUUGGAUUGUCAUUGUUAGGUUGUCGAAACUGUUUGGUCACUAAUAAUGAAAUCUUUCAAAUUGGCAAAGGAGGUGUCAUUGUGACAGGUCCACCCAGUGAUCGAGCCAAGUUGAUUCCAAGUAACAAUUUCAUCUCGAACAAUUUGAUUCAUAGUUUUUCUCGGGUUGGAAAAGUUUAUCGACCUGCUGUUAGAAUAGAAGGAGUUGGUGCUUUAGUCACACAUAACUAUUUUUUUAACGGUGAUCAUGCGGCAUUAAUGCUUAUUGGUAAUAACCAUGAAGUGUCUUUUAACAAGAUUCAUGAUGUGGUUAAAACAAGUGACGACGCAGGUGCUAUCUAUAUGGGUCGAGACUGGACCACACGUGGCAACGUUGUCAAAUAUAACUUUAUCUACCGAGUUCGAGGUCUCACUUGGGGAGCUGCCUGUAUCUAUCUCGAUGAUGUUUUUUCAAGUGCCAUCGUUUUCGGAAAUGUCUUGUACGAUUGUAAUCGCGGAGUCAUUGUCGGAGGAGGUCGACACAAUCAAGUGCAAAACAACAUUUUCAUUCGAAAUUGGUCCAGUAUUCGAAUCGACGCUCGUGGAUUGCAAUGGAACGAUGACGAAUGGCGUCGAUCCAUUUGGAAUAAUUUAUGGGCAGUUCCUUUCAAUAGUUCGCUCUGGGAACAAGCGUAUCCAGAAUUGACGAGAAUUCUCGAUGGAAAUCCGUUUGAACCAUUUGGAAAUGUCGUUUCGAAUAAUUUAGUGACCGAAUCAUUCACUGCAAAUCAUGUGGUUCAACCCUAUACGGACAUGUAUAGCGUCUAUACGAAUAAUACUUUCAAUGUUUCCAUGUCCAUCUUUAUGAAUGUUUCAGAAUUGAAUUUUAAUUUAAUUCCAGGAAAUAUCUAUGAAGGAAAUUGGACAUUUUAUAAUUUUACGAAAAUUCCAUUCGAUGACAUUGGACUGUUGAGUGAGAAAAGAGAACCAAUUCCUCCUCCUCCUCCUCCGCGACCUUCUCCCAAACCAAGUUUGUCUCCCAAAAAAUCAUUGUCGAAUAAUCGUCCAUUGGUUUCAAUGUCCAAAAGAAGUGUUUCAAAAGCAAGUUCUUUGGGAAGAUUAGUUUCAAAUUUCAAGUUGAUGACGGGGUGCGUGUUUGUGAUGUUCAUGAUGGUAUUGUGGUAA